GCCUCUUUCCGCCGCCCCCUGCCCUGCUCAUUGAAUGCUCCCCCCGCCUCGAGAAGCGGCUUCUGUCCUUUGCAAACAAAGAAAUAAACCUGCAGGGAGUGGGAGAUAAAGGGGCACCAGGCCAACCCUCCCAGGGUUCCCUGCGGCUUUCGCAGUUGUAUAGUAGGCAGAAGUUCCAUAGGGCAGGCAAUCGGGCAGCCCCCACCCCCCUGCACCCUCCUUUAUGGCGGGCGAACGCGAAGGCAGCCCCUCCAGCCGAAUGCAGAUAGCCAAAGGCGCCUGCUGCGUACUUCUGCUGUCCCUGUUGAUGCUCCCUUUGCUCCGGACGGCUUCGCAGCGCCUCUUCUCCAUGGCCACAGCCGAACCCCACGUCCCAGGCAGCCUCUCGGCUGCCUUUGUCACCUGCCCCAAUGAGACGGUCGCCAAGGAGAUUGCCAGAGCAGUGGUGGAGAAGCGGUUGGCGGCCUGCGUGAACAUCGUCCCACAGAUCACAUCCAUCUACGAGUGGAAAGGCAAGAUAGAGGAGGAUGCUGAAGUCCUGCUGAUGAUAAAAACGCGGAGUUCUCGCAUCUCGGCGCUCGCGGAGUUUGUCCGGUCUGUGCACCCCUAUGAAGUGGCGGAGGUGAUAGCAGUACCGAUCCAGCAGGGCAACCCGCCCUACUUGCAAUGGGUCAGGGACACAGUGCCUGAAUGAGAGAGAUGACUGUGCCAAGAAGAGGGCGAUGGUGGGGCAGGAGAGGAGGAGUGAGUUUGCAAUGGACAGAAGCAAUAAAGCAUCGAUAUGCUGUG